UCAACCCCCUCCUCUUCCUCCCCCACUCGCUCCAUUCUUCAUCCCCUCUUCAAGAAGCUUUGUUUACCUCUCGUUCAAAGCUUCUUUCCUCCUCAUUGCUCUUCCCCAUUUGGAUUUCUAAUCAAAAUGGAAUACGAGAAUCGGUUUAGACAGGCUCAGAGACCAAAAUAUGAUUGUCUUCUGUUUGAUUUGGAUGAUACUCUGUAUCCCUUGAGUACUGGCAUUGCAGCUGCCUGUUUACAGAACAUCAAAGAUUACAUGGUUGAAAAACUGGGCAUAGAGCCAAGCAAAAUCGCUGACCUCUGCAAUUUACUGUACAAGAACUAUGGAACAACCAUGGCUGGUCUAAGGGCAAUUGGGUAUGAGUUUGAUUAUGAUGAGUAUCAUAGCUUUGUUCAUGGAAGACUUCCUUAUGACAACCUUAAACCUGAUCCUGUUCUUAGGAGUCUUCUGCUGAGCUUGCCUUAUAGAAAAGUUAUCUUUACAAAUGCUGAUAAGAUCCAUUCAGUUGAAGUUCUAAAAAGGCUUGGAUUAGAGGACUGUUUUGAAGGGAUUAUUUGCUUUGAAACACUGAAUCCGACCAACAAGAACUUUGUUUCAGCUGAUGAAGAUGAUGAGCUUGAGUUUCUUGGAUCCAAUUCGACAGCGCCAUCUGGGUCGGAAAUCUUUGACAUUAUUGGUCAUUUUCUUCAGCCAAAUCCUGGGAUGGAGUUACCAAAAACUCCCAUAAUUUGUAAACCAUCAGAAGCUGCCAUUGAAAGGGCUCUCAAAAUUGCAGGCGCUCAAAGAACUCUGUUCUUUGAAGACAGUGUUCGAAACAUACAAGCCGGGAAGCGAGUCGGGCUCGACACCGUCUUGAUUGGCACUUCACAGAGAGUUAAAGGAGCAGAUUAUGCGUUGGAAAGCAUCCACAACCUUAGGGAAGGAAUUCCAGAGCUUUGGAACGUUGAAAUCAAAUCAGAAAUGGGUUAUGCAGGCAAAGUUGCAGUUGAAACAUCAGUCACAGCUUAGAAUCAUAACAUCCUUGUUAUGUUCUUCAAACCUUAAACCCCACAAAAGAAAUCAAUGAAAUAAACAAAAACAAAAUAUGUAUAUGUUAUGGGGAAAUGUGUUGUAAAUAAGUAAAGUGUUCUUCAAUGUAAUCUCGACCAAAAAUUAAAUCUCAAAUCUAUUUUGUUCGUCCCUAAA